AUGGUGCAUCCCGUGGAGAGUGUGAAUUUGCCAAUUCCCGUAAUCGAGCCUGUGGUGGACACAACGAGCUCGAGUCUGCAAGAGAAGGCGAAGCGGCCUACAGAAAGCAGCGAAAUUGACGGGGAGUGGCGAAUUGCCCGCAGCCCUUUUCUUAGCCGCUUCCUGGGGCUGCCCACAGUGGCCCAGGUGCUGCAGCAAAUGCCCAAGCUGCAGCAGCAGCAGCAGCAGCAGCAGCACCGCAUCCGCGUUGCCCCCGACAUGCAGCAGUUCCCGCUGCUCCGCUCGCAGGCCGAGAGCUUCUUGCUGGACCUCGACAGAGAACGCAGCGCCAUGGCGCGCGCCGCGCUGCUGCGUUCCUGCUUCCCGAGAGACCCCCCGCCUAGGGGCCCCCUUAAUGGGGGCCCCUCUGUUGGGGGCCCCUGUGCAGGGGGCCCCUCCAUUGGGGGCCCCUCCGUUGAAGCUGGGGGCCCCUCCGUUGGGGGCCCCCCCGUGGGGGGCCCCCCUGCUGGGGGCCCCCCCGAGGGGCCCCCGGGGGCCCCCGGGGGUUCAGCUUCUGAGAAGGAGUGGGGGCUGCGGUCGCGGUGGCGGCCAGAUCUGCUGCUGGGGGGCACCCCCGGGGGCCCCGGGGGCCCCCUGCUGCUGCAGUCGGAGGCCUCGCGCAGCUACGGGGGGGCCCCCCUGCUGCAGCAGCACCUGCCGCCCCUCUACUGGCCAGCCCCCAGGGCCUUCACUGCAGCAGCAGGGGGGCCCCCCCGCCGCAGGGGGCCCCUCAACACGGCCCUGACCCGCAGCAGAAUCCACAAAGACCUCGACAGACUCGCGGGGGAGUGA